AUGUCGAAGAUGGAGCAGAGACGGUUGUUACUGGAGGCGAAGGUGGCGUGUUACUGGAAGAUGGUGGACCAGGAGAACAGGUCGACACAGGGCUAUGAGUUCGAGCAGCCAGUGAAGGUUUGUGGGGUUGUAUGGGAUGACGUGUUAUGCUGGGACGCAGCCCCUGCCGGCUCCAUCGCCACCCAGCCUUGCCCGGACUACAUCAACGGCUUCAACAGAAACGAGAAUGCCACCAGACGGUGUACAGAUAACGGAACCUGGUUUGUGUCCCCGGAGAGGAACCACACCUGGACCAACUUCACAGCUUGCCCAAAGUCAACCAUCGACCUCAAGUUCCAUGUGGAGAACGCGGCCAGGUUGCGCCUAAUGUACAGCGCUGGCUACAGCAUCUCCGUCGCCUUCCUCGUCGUCGCCGUCAUCAUCAUGCUGUGUUGCAGGCGGAUGCACAGCAAGAGUAACACCCUUCACAUCAACCUCUUCAUCGCCUUCAUCCUGAGGGCGUCCGUCUCCUUCCUCAAGGAUCUGUUGUUUAAAGGGGUUGGUCUGGACAUGGAUGUCAGGCUGAAGUCAGAUGGGACGUACGAGUUCCUGGACGGCCCACACUGGCAGUGUAAGCUGCUGUUUGUGAUCUUCAACUACAGCAUAUCAGUCAGCAUCAUGUGGAUCUUCAUUGAAGGCCUGUAUCUUCACAUGCUUAUCUACAAGACGCUAGCCACAGAGCGGAGAGGAGUAAAGAUGUAUAUUAUUUUAGGCUGGGUCAUGCCUGUAUUUCUUCUGAUUCCAUGGGUAAUUGUGAAAGCUGUAUAUGAAGAUACAUUUUGUUGGAAUAUUCAAGAAAAUCGGCAAUAUUUCUGGAUCUUGAAGGGUCCAGGUGUCGCCAUCGUUAUUAUAAACUUCGUAUCAUUUGUGGACAUUUCCCGCAUAUUAUGCAUGCGGGCUCGACACAGCAAGACCAGUGACGGGAAGGCUAAAUACAGGAAAUUAGCCAAGUUUAUUCUGGUAUUGAUCCCGUUGUUUGGAGUGACCUACAUUGUGUUCCUUGUCGCUUUCCCUGCGGAGUUCAACACGCAGUUCUUCAACAUUGCUCAUCUCUACAUUGAAAUGGCUUACAACUCCUUCCAGGGCCUCGUUUUGGCAGUGCUGUUCUGCUUUUUAAAUGAAGAGGUGCACGGUGAGCUUAAUCGUUUGUGGAGACGUCACCAGAGCCGAAGGAACGACAUGGCAGCUUUCCGUAUGUCGUCCAACAGCUCAUGGAAGAAGGCCUCUAAACCAUCGCCUGCUCUGGAGAGAAGACACCGCAGAGAGAGGAUGAGAAAACAGGCAUCUUCAACGACUGAAUACAAGCAUGAACACACCGACGCGUUACUGAAGACAGCGCUGUUAACCAGGGCAUUCAAUGUCAUCAGUCGCAGUGAUGACGUAACUGGAGAGGGUGGAGAGGAGUCGGUUACACUUCCGGUGAAAGGAGUUGUUGUUGCCAUGGACAACAACGCUAACACACACCCUGCUGAAGAAAUCUUACUGUGUGACCACGAACCAGGCACACACAAAAUAUAAGUAGGGCAUCUUAGCCAGAGAAGAGAGUCGGGACUUGUGUAAUUGUAGGUAAUCGUAGGAUAAACAAGGAAUGUUGUUUUCACUGAGCCGUGCAAUCUGGAAUAAUUUGCGUUCAAAUGCCCCGCUCGUUUAUCACUGCUAUAGGGGCGGUGGGGUAGCCUGGUGGUUAAAGCAUUCGCUCGUCGCGCCUAAGGACUGGGUUCGAUUCCCCACAUAGGGUACAAUGUGUGCAGCCCAUUUCUGGUGUUCCCCACCGUUAUAUUUCCUCACUCACUUUCACUGUAAUAGAUUGUUCAAUGGCGAGAGUAAACAGCAAGAAAAGUGUCACGGUAGACGUGAGUGGAUGUGGUUUCACCCAAGAAGCAGCGGUAUUCCAGACACAUCGCGACAGCUUGUAGAUAGUAGAGUGUGGAACAGACGAACCAGAGGAUGUAGAUGUAGCUUUACCAGCAAUCCGCGCUGUUAUACAGAUCACCUCCAGUAAACAUUAUGUGGUGCUCACUUGAUAAUGAUAAUGAAUAACACGUCAAUGGAUAUUAACCAACAGGAAUCCGCUAAGAUGUCACUAAGAUGUAUGUACAGAUCAUUUAAAGGUGUAAAGCCAGUAUUGUGUAUGGUAGACUUAUGAUAAAGUUCAUUACAUAUCUAUUGUUUAUAAUACGAACAUCUGCCCUUGU